UGAGUUAGCACGUCUGAAUCUGGAAUGCUGACUGGAAUAGUGCAUCAUUGACCGAUACCGUUAUCAACCUGCUUUAUAUUAAACAAAGCUUAUUCCGUGAACUUCGCAUGACUCUACUGAGUUAUCACCGCAAUGCUAAUUGUAAACGCUCACAUCUUUAUCGUGCCCAUUUCUCGUCCUGAUAAGAUUACAGCAGUCAUAUGGUGCGCCACAGCGCCAUCUUGGUGCGUUUUAAGGACGAUUAUUGUAAAUACUGGCUAUUUCAAGUUAUAAAGAGUGCUUGUUAUAAAAAAAUAAAGUGAUGGUGCAGUGUUUGGGAGUACAUUUGUCAUUAACUCGCAAUGAGAGAUAGGAUUGCAGUGAUGCAUAACGCAAGGCCAUUGGAACUAGAUUACGCGUCCGCGGACCCUCACCGGAGCAGGUCAUCGUCGUUUUCGGUCUGGCGAGGGCCCAACGGAGUACCCAGACCGGUACCACGAUAUUCUUUGCAGGUUUCGACUGAUGAGAACAGCCACCUGCUCCGCCUGAAGGUGAUCGGCGCGUACUCAUUGGCCAAGAAGGACAUAUUCGGUGCUAGUGACCCGUAUGUGCGCGUGGAGCUGCAGAAGGCAGACGGGGAUGUCACCAUCGAGACGUUUCUCACCAAGACCAAGAAAAAGACGUUGAAUCCAGUAUGGAAUCAGGAGUUUGUAUUUCGGGUGAAACCCGCGGAGCACAAGCUCCUGAUUCAAGUGUUCGACGAGAACCGCUUGACCCGCGACGACUUUCUGGGCAUGGUGGAGGUGCCGCUGGCGGGCGUGGCGGCCGAGAGCGCGGCCGCGCCGCGCGCGCCCGGCGUCAAGUACCCGCUGCGCCCGCGCAGGUCGGUCGCGCGGUCCCGAGUGCGUGGCUACAUAGAAGUGUACGCGGCGCUGGUGGGGCGUGUGGGCGAGGGCACGGAGCCGGCGGAGGCCGAGGGCGCCGCCACGCCGCCGGCGGACGACUGGGAAAUGGUCGAGCCCGCGCCGCAGAGAGGGACCGUGCAGCCGGUGGUGGGUGGUGACCCGCUGCCGGCGGGCUGGGAGGAGCGGCAGGACGCCAACGGGCGCACCUACUACGUCAACCACAUCGCUCGCUCCACGCAGUGGGAGCGCCCGCACUUCACUCGUAACGUGAGCACAGACUCGGCGGCGGCUGCGGAGCGCAUGGAGACGGCCGCCACGGAGUUCCAGCGACGCUUCCACAUCUCCCACGACCACCCGCAGCCGCACCACGCGCCGCGCAGGACCAGCAGCCAGGGGGACCACCACGAGGAUGUAAGCAAUACCGAAGACUCUGCCUCCACGCUCACGCCACACUCUACACCGACGCGCUCGCCCGAGCAAGCUGGCGAACAAAUAGAACAAGACACCGAACACAACGGCCCGACUAGCUUAAGUAACGAAACCGACUGUGAUACUAGACAUAGAGAAGAUGACGACGUCGUCUGCGCUAACGAAGUUCGCUUAAGAGAACCCGACGGGAACAACGAAGAUAGUGCUCAAGAUGAUACUAGUCAAGUUAAUGGUAACGCGGAACAAAAUACACCAAAUCGUGAGACCAGAGAGGAUAAUGAUAUAAACGAUGAAGCGCCUCGAGAGAGUAACGAAGUCUCCGAAUCAAACGCAGAACAAGAACGGCAGACGCCGCAGGUUUCGGUAGAAAGCGUAGAAACGACGGAAAACCCCACAGAUAAUACAGAAACAGAAGACACAACAACGGAAAACGCAGACACACAAAAUAACGCUUCAGAAAUAACAGUAACAGAUGGUCAGAUAGUGGAACACACGGCGGUGACAGAGAAUUUAGAGCGGAGAGAGGAGACAGAGGAACAGUCGGAGGAAGCGAGGGAGGCGCGCGAAUCGGAGCGGAGAGAGGCGGAGAUCGAGGAGGCGCUGACCUUCGACGAGAACCACUUCAGCACGCCGCGGGGCGCCUCCCCGCGCACGCGCGGCAGCGACCACGACUCCGAGGACGAGACGGACGCAUCGACUGACAGCACGCGUAGCAGCAGCGCCAGCAGCGUGCAGAGCCAAAACCUGCCCAGCAGCGACGGUCUACCGCCCGGCUGGAGCAUGCAGCGCGCGCCCAACGGCAGGAUAUUCUUCAUCGAUCACAACCAGAAGACCACUACGUGGAUAGACCCUAGAACAGGCUGCGCAUCGAGCCUGCCAGCGGCGGCCGCGGCCAGCGCGGGGGCGGAGGCCGACGAGCUGGGCGCGCUGCCCGAGGGCUGGGAGGAGCGCGUUCACACCGACGGACGGAUCUUCUUCAUCGAUCACAACACGCGCACCACGCAGUGGGAGGACCCGCGGCUAUCUAACCCGCAGAUCGCCGGCCCCGCUGUACCGUACUCGCGUGAUUACAAACGAAAGUACGAGUAUCUCAAGAGCCAGCUGCGCAAGCCGAGUAACGUGCCAAACAAGUUCGAGAUCAAAGUCCGGCGCAACUCGAUCCUGGAGGAUUCGUAUCGCAUCAUCAGCUCGGUCAGUCGGCUGGACCUACUCAAGACCAAGCUGUGGGUCGAGUUCGAGUCGGAAGUCGGCCUUGACUACGGUGGGCUGGCGCGCGAAUGGUUCUUCCUGCUGUCCAAAGAGAUGUUCAACCCGUACUAUGGCCUGUUUGAGUACUCGGCCAUGGACAACUACACGCUACAGAUCAACCCCAACAGCGGGGUCUGCAACGAGGAGCAUCUCAACUACUUCAAGUUUAUUGGCCGAGUCGCUGGCAUGGCUAUCUAUCAUGGGAAAUUGCUCGAUGCAUUCUUCAUCCGUCCAUUCUACAAGAUGAUGUUGUCUAAGACUAUAGAGCUCCAGGACAUGGAGUCGGUAGACCUGGAGUACUACAACUCCCUGAUGUGGAUCAAAGAGAACGACCCCUCGGAGCUGUACCUGACCUUCUCAGUGGAUGAGGAGCAGUUCGGGAAGACCAUACAACGGGAGUUGAAGCCUGGAGGAGCUAAUAUAUCCGUUGACGAUGAUAACAAGGACGAGUAUAUUAAGUUAGUAAUCCAAUGGCGGUUCGUGAAUCGGGUCCACGAGCAGAUGGUGUCGUUCCUCGAGGGACUGAGCCAGCUGGUUCCUCUCCCUCUGUUGAAGAUCUUCGACGAACACGAACUGGAGUUGCUGCUCUGUGGCAUACAACAUAUUGACGUGCGAGACUGGCGGGCUAACACCCUGUACAAGGGCGACUAUCAUGCUAAUCAUAUUGUUGUGCAGUGGUUUUGGAGAGUGGUACUAUCGUUCUCGAACGAGAUGCGGUCCCGCUUGCUGCAGUUCGUGACAGGCACGUCCCGUGUGCCCAUGAACGGAUUCAAGGAGCUGUACGGCUCCAACGGGCCGCAGCUGUUCACCAUAGAGAAGUGGGGCUCGCCCGACAACUACCCGCGGGCGCAUACCUGUUUCAACCGCAUCGACUUGCCUCCAUACGAGAGCUACCAGCAGCUGCGUGAGAAGCUCAUCAAGGCCAUCGAGGGCUCGCAAGGGUUCGCUGGCGUCGACUGAGCCGCCCUGCGUGUGGGGCCUAAACUGUCGGUGGCUGCGGCCUGCCAUAUGUCGGGCCUCAGGCUGUCGGUGGCUGGGGCCUCGCUUAUAUGGGGCCUCACGCUGCCCGUGACUGAGGCCUCAACAGCGAGCGCAAAAAACAUAAAGAUCAUACUGUUACGUCUCCAAUGACACACUAAACUACCCCGGGGAGUCGCCUUCUGCGAACGUCAUCAAUCAAAAGGCAACUUUAUAAUUAUAAUUACAAGGUUGAUUCCAGCAUGCGUACUUAAUACAUCUUCGUGUUGCAAAAGGUAUAUUACGUAACUGUCUAUAGAUGACGGCAGAAAUUGCGAUGGAUUUUGUUCUAAGGGCCGACUAUGUUUUUUCGCUCGCUAGGCCUCGCGCUCGUGGGGCCUAUUGUCACCUAUUCAGUCGUGUAUGGAUUGUAAUGUGAUCUUGCGAUGGUGUUAUCUGACGAUAUCUGGUGAAUUUCUCUGGUUGUUUCAAAAUGUGGUUUGUUAAAUACAUGAGAAGGAAAAUUGUAAAUAAUUUGGAACAAAAAUGUUUCGGAACAAGCUUUCGCAAGUGUCCCAAUCUCUUAAAAGAAUUGUUUUUAUUAUUCUUAAAUGUUAAAUAAUGAGUUCGAUACAUAUAUCGACUUAGGACACUAUUUUUUUAAAUCGUUUGAAAUAUAUAAAGUAAGAUUCGGGUUAUAUAUAACUUAUAAAUAAACUAAUAUACAUGAUGGAUGAUUAUUGAUUAUUGAAUGAUGUUAUUUAACAUUUUAGUACAUUUACGAAAUUGUGAAUUAAAAACAACCUGAAAAUAUCACAUUCAAUUGGCAGAUAAUGACAUCACAAAAGGGAGAAUAAAUUGUUAAUCGAGAAUUGUCAGCUAUCGAUAGUGUCGUAUAACGAAUAAACUCCUACAUACUGUUAAGGGGCAUAAAAAGGCCACAUCGAAAACUUCAUCUGAAAAGGAAUGUUGCUAUUUGACAUUUCUUGACAUUGCGCACUUGAUUUUAUGUGCGCAAAUGUCAAAUUGCAAUAUUGCUUUUUAGAUGAAGUUUUCGAUGUGGCCUUUUUAGGCCGCCUGAAGUAUAAAACUGAAGUGAUACCAAUAAAUGAUGGGACGACAAUGGGAAUAAAAGACAAAAAUCUUUUUAUAUUUCUUAUUUAAAUUCUGCUCCCAUUAUAUUUUGUACUUUCUUUUUUAUUUUCCGCAUUAUAUUUUUAGUCGAGUAUCAGAGAUUAUUUUUAUUACUCAUUUAUCUUCUUAUGGAUUGUAUUUUUUGUAUCUUGUUAUUUUAUUUCUAUAUUGUGUUGUUGUAAUAACAUAACAUCACGCCUGUAUUCCCGAAGGGGUAGGCAGAGGUAUAUAGUAUAGGCACCUACUCCUCGCCAGUUUAGGUCUCAUGUAAUGGAGGGUAGUGUUAUUAUUACCUAUUGUUGUUAUAAAUAAAUAAAAUUCAUUUAUAUCGAACAACUUUUUCCGUAAAUAGUUACUAACAAGAACCUGAAAAAAUACAAUACAUUGUACUGUUACAAUACUAUUUUUUAAGUUACUUGUUACUAUCCUUACGGCGUUUAAUGGCCACAAUUUAAAAUGCCUACUUCUCGAAAUGACCAUUUCUGGAAAUCACCAUUUCUAGAAAUGGCCAUUUCUGGAAAUCACCACUUCUAGUAAUGACCAUUUCUGGAAAUCACCACUUCUGGAAAUGACCACUUCUAAAAAUUACCACUUCGAGAAAUAUGACCACUUCUAUGGAACUCAUUUUAAGUCUCUUCUUAAAAUGGGAUUUUGAUCUUUUUCCCUCGUCGUACAAAUACAAAUACAAAAAUAUUUAUUCGUGAAUGUUGCGUGUUAUAUUACAGUGUUGUCAUCGGUCUCAGCACAUUCAGCCAAGAAUUGGCAUACGAAUUUAAAAUUGUCAUGCAUAUAACAAACUAAACUUAAGAAAUCAACAUAAUAAUAUUCGUAUCGCUAUCGCUUCAGUUUUAUAUUGUAAGUCUGUGUAGACAUGAACGACGAUUCGACUGUUAUCUAGAGUAAGCUAGGUUAGAUCUAAAGCCAAUAAAUUCUUAACUACGGCGUUCUUAUAUAUUUCGAGUUUGUUUUGUAAAGACUUUCCAAGAAAGUGCUAGUUAGUUCCUUUGUUUUGUUGGCCGAGCGUUAGUGUGCCUUCGUUUGGUCUUUUGAAUUCUCUUUCAACUCAAUACAUAAGUUCACGACUCUAUUCCCAAUUAGGCUAGUCAGAGGUACAUCUAUCGCAAGAUGAACUGAGUACCCACGCUUCACCGAGCACUCACUCUAUAGUUAGAUAUAACAUCACUACUAAUAGUCCGGCAAAGUAGUGCGUGUCAUCUAAGGCAAAAUAAGUCAUCAUGUUAGCGAUUAUAUUGGGGUUUCCUAACCAGGGUCUGUAACUUUAGUUCGAAUGUCAGUAGUUCGAUGAAUGCUUAUUCGACUGAAAUAUUUUUCGAAACCCUUUUUAACGAACGAUCAUUUUUCCGAGUCAACUUGAUCGAUCGUUAUUUGUUACUUGAUGAUCAAAGAAUGAUCGUUCAUUAGAAACAUAAUUCGAAAAAUAUUUCAGUCGAAUAAGCAUUCAUCGAACUACUGACAUUCGAACUAAAGUUACAGACCCUCCUAACCAAUCAAGAAAUCAGCAAUAACUCAAGUCAACAAAAAAUAUUCUAAUUUCAAAGUUUUCAAGGCUAAAUAGACAUUUGCCUGGUAAGAAUAUUUCACCCUAGCCAGCACCUUUCAAAUGCGAGGCUAUCCUGAAUUUUAAACUCUUGCUUUUUUAUAGUGGACUUUUCUCUUAAAAAUGUACAUUUAAAUGAGUCUUAUGAGAUCUUAUGAAUCGUUCCGAAAUAUGAAUUCGUUUAUACAUCUGGGGGGUUAAAAACGCCACAUCGAAGCAAUAUUGCCAUUUGACAUUUGUUUGCAUUGCGCACUUACUUUUAUAUGCGCAAAUGUCAUAUUGAAAUAUUACUUUCUUAGAUGAAUUGCUUCGUUAUGGCCUUUCUAACCCCCCUAUACUGCAGUUCAUCAGACGUGGUUCUCGUGGAGGUCGUUGUCAAUUAAAUAAUGUAAUUUAUUUAGUGUAUAGCUUCUUGAAACACUUCGGGAAAUGCCAGUUUAGGCAUUGAAUAUUGGUUAUAUUAUCGCCUUAAAAUGAAAACAUUGUAAACGCCUGUUUGAAAAAUCACAUUUUGAUACGUUUUACUUUAGCAAAACUUCGAUUUCAUUCAAUAAAUUUCGUUUAUGGUAAAGAUUUAGGUGUGAGGUGGAUUACCAACCCCAUCAACUGGUGUCAGGGUUACUAUUGAGCCGCCAAAGGCCCCUGACAUGGCUCAUGUAACAACUACUAACUUACAUCAGUAAGUAGUAACCGGUACCAACGGCUUAACAUCCUUCCGAAGCACGGAUCAUCUUACUUUUGGACAAUCAGGUGACCAGCUUGUAAUGUUCUAACCAAACUGGGGGUCACAAAGUGAUUUUUGUGAUGUUUCCCCACCUGGAUUUGAACCCGGGACCUCCAAAUCGUGAGUCCAACGUUCAAACCACUGGACCACAGAGGCCGUGAAUUUUUUACCUGGAUUGAAACUAGCAUAUCUAUUUGAUUUUUCAAAAAGGUGCUUACGUAGUUUUCAGUACAAUGCGACCGAAAAUCAAGUAAUGGAAAGACAGCGAAGGUAUACAAAAACGUUGUUAAGUUAUCAAAUUCCACUUGAAUAUAAUAUUAUCGAUAUAAUGAGGCUCUGCGGACAUCUAUUGCGAAAAUUUACUCGGACCUCUCUUUCUCUCCUAUAUGCACGAAAGAGAGAUCCGAUUGUAAUCGUCCAUGUAAGCAGAGUCGGUAAUUUAUAUAAUUCUAAAAGCGAGUGCCUAUGUAGCGUUAUUGAUUAAUUGUAUAAUACUUAGUCGCACUUAGGGCGUUGUAAUUAUGGCAUAAAGUAUAUGAUGGGGGAGUGGCUUUUAGGCGCUGUGCAGACCUUGAACGGUAGCGGACCAGACAGUCUGUCCCCGACAGUCGUAUGAAUGGGAACUUAUGCAGUAACGUGUUACAAUGUAUAAUCCACGAUAUUGAAUCACCCACAUGUGAGACAUUAUUAUUAACCAAAACAAUAUCACAACAAAUGUAAUAGGCUACUUGACAAACUAGUCAAAUGAGAUGCUUUCUACGAAACGUCAAAACAAAAGUUUUCUUUGGAGUGUGUAUGGAAAUACUGUCCUUUGACGUCAUCAGUAACAGCGGUCAAACGUCGUAUUAAUUGUUAGUUAAUUCAUGAAUAAAAUUCGACAAUAAGUGGAAAAGUAAAAUAAGAUUGAUUUUUGAUCAUGUUAGACUGGCUUCUAUUUCUAGAUUAGCAUUUUAUAGUUUAUCUUUGACCCAGUCAAACAUCCUAUUGUCCACUAAAUGGCAGUGUUUUUACGUUACACUAGUUGCUACACGCGGCUCAGCUAUGCACGCCCUUUAUUUCUAUUAACUAUUUUGAUAAAUACAUAGGGUGAGCAAAGCCAUGAAUUAUCAAAGAAGGCUUGCAGCCUCCGCGGUCUAGUGGUUAGAGCGUUAGGCCCACGACCUGGAGGUUCGGGUUAAAUUCCCGAUGGGGACAUUGUCGAAAUCACUUUGUGAGGCUGUCCUUUGUUUUGCAAGGACUUGUAUCACCUGAUUGUCCGAAAAAGUAAGAUGAUUCCGCGCUUCAGAGUGCACCGACCCUUGGUGGAGUAUGCUCCAUACCCACUCCAGUUGAUUAAGGGGAAACCUGUGCUCAGCAGUAGGACGUGGAUAAGCUGUUUAUGUUAUGUGCUUGCCACUGUUAAUACGAAGUCCUAAGACGAUUAAAAAAAACAAGUAAUCGGUUGUGUAAAAUUCAUUCUCAUUUAUUCAUUUUCUACAUAAAAAGGAACCUUUGUGCAUUGGCAUAAGUUUACAUAAUUAUAUUGAUUAACGUUAUUGGAUAAGUUUCUACUAACAUUUUAUUGUCACGGACUAACUAUCGCGUCCGCUGUUGUCGCAAGGUCUGCACAGGGCCUUACUGGACCAAAUCGAAGUGAAGUGAUGUAAGAUAAUAUACUAAUAUACGAACGACGGGGCGAUCUUGGCACGACCAAAUGUUGAACAUGGGUCAAUUUAAUAGUUGGUUAUUUUAAUUGGAUAUUUAUUUGUAAGGAUUUCAGUCGUGCCAAGAACGACAACACGUAAGGCUUAGUGUUAUAUGUUUUAUGGAAAAAGAAACCACGUAACAUUUCAGUUUUGGCAAGUUUAUUUUUCAUUUUAAUACAAUUAAGACCGCGUUGGCAGAGGAAGACCUAGAAGGACGUACAUUAACCAAAUUCGGGAUGUCAUUAGAAAAGGUUUAGUACGAUCUACUCUGAAGCGGCGUGCGUGUAUGAAAUAAUUGAUGAAUGACGAAGCGAGAGAUGCAAAUGGAAUUCCAUAGUCUCUGCUUACGCCAGUGGCAAAUAUGCGUGAGUUUAUGUGUGUAUGUAUAUUAAGACCCUGUGGGAGGGUAUGUAAAGUAUAAUAAAAAUUGGACGACAAAAUUAUUUGGUACUUUUUCCGUAAAAUAGUUUUCAAACCUCAUCGCUUCAUUCGUAAGGUCGAUGAUUGAAGGCAAUAGAGAUAACUAUUUAUGUGAAAUAAUCUGCUAAGUAUUACUUGUAGAAUAUUCCAUAUAAAUAGUGAAGUGUAGGGUUGAAAGGUUGUUGAAUAUAAAUAUGACUGGCCACUAGAAGAACAAACACAACGUUGAUUAUUUAUUGUUUAAAAUACUUCGAUAAUGUUGCCAUAAGGGAAAAAUUGGUCCAAAAUCUUGGGUAAUAAUUUUAUUUUUAUAACAUUUUAUUUUUAAUUCUCAUUUCGAAUUUUGUAUUACAACAAAAUGAUUUUUACUAGUGGCCAGGUAAACGAAUUCAACAUGAAUAGAUUUGUGAAUUUCUAGAAUAUAUUCUAUAAAAUUACAUUAUGUAUAUUAUUUGUAAUUAUUGUACAGAACAGCAUUUCGGUGGGAUCUGUCGACGUGUAAACGAAACUAGAACUUAACGCAUUUACGUAACUGCUACAAUCGUUUGACAGGUUCGCAUUCGAAGUGUUUAGUGAUUCUUAGAUAGGCAAUAAAGUAAAUUAUAUUGAUAAUCAAAUUGACGAA